AUCUUGUUCCUCAAACCUUCAAGUUCCCUCUUCUUGUAUGAUCUUCUCCAGUAUAUUGUAAUAUAAUAAAAUAAUAGUAUAAGCUCCCUCUCCUUCAAAAAAGAAAUUAAUGGGUGGAAGCUCUAACAGAGUAGAGAGCUUCCCAGAUGCUCUAGACCUUGAAUCAGCUUCUCCAGUGGAGAAAAGCCCUUCAACUCCACAGCCCUUGGAGAUCCAUAAGGUCCCUUUGCCUCAGAAAAAGACCACUUUUCAAUCCCUGAAGCAGAGGCUCAGUGAAGUGUUCUUCCCUGAUGAUCCCCUCCACCAGUUCAAGAACCAACCUCUGCUCAAAAAGCUGAUUCUGGGACUUCAGUAUUUCUUCCCAAUAUUUCACUGGGGUUCUGAGUACAGCCUGCAGCUUCUUAAGUCUGAUGCAGUCUCAGGCCUCACCAUUGCCAGCUUGGCCAUUCCACAAGGGAUCAGCUAUGCAAAGCUUGCAAAUUUGCCUCCCAUUAUUGGCUUAUAUUCGAGCUUUGUGCCGCCAUUGAUCUACUCAGUUCUUGGGAGCUCAAGAGAUCUAGCAGUUGGUCCAGUGUCAAUUGCAUCACUAGUGAUGGGCUCCAUGCUAAGAGAGAUGGUCUCACCUGAUCACCAGCCUAUGCUCUAUCUCCAACUUGCAUUCACAUCCACCUUUUUUGCUGGUGUUUUCCAAGCCUCAUUAGGCUUCCUUAGGCUGGGUUUCAUCGUAGAUUUUCUAUCGAAACCGACGCUGGUCGGAUUCAUGGGCGGCGCGGCAGUUAUUGUAUCUCUUCAACAGUUGAAGGGCUUGCUUGGCAUAGUUCACUUCACUACUAAGAUGGGCUUCAUUCCUGUGAUGGUAUCAGUUUUUGAACAUAGAAAAGAAUGGGCUUGGCAAACUAUUCUUAUGGGGACCUCAUUCUUGGUUUUCUUAUUGAUUACAAGGCAUAUAAGCAUGAGGAAGCCAAAGCUUUUCUGGGUAUCAGCAGCAGCUCCUUUAGCUUCUGUGAUCCUCUCCACCACCAUUUCCUUUAUAGUUAAAGCUCAAUACCAUGGAAUCAGUGUAAUUGGGCAUCUGCAAAAAGGAGUGAACCCUCCCUCAGUCAACAUGCUGUUUUUCCAGGGCUCUUUUCUGGGCCUUGCUAUUAAGACAGGAAUUGUCACAGGCAUCUUAGCACUCACUGAAGGAAUAGCUGUAGGAAGAACAUUUGCUUCUCUAAAGAACUACCAAAUUGAUGGAAACAAAGAGAUGAUGGCUAUAGGAAUCAUGAACAUGGCUGGGUCUUGUGCUUCAUGCUAUGUUACCACAGGAUCGUUUUCUCGGUCGGCGGUGAACUACAAUGCGGGGUCGAAGACUGCAGUGUCUAACAUAGUGAUGGCGUCUGCCGUCCUCAUCACGAUGCUGUUCCUCAUGCCACUGUUUUAUCACACCCCGAACGUGAUCCUAUCGGCGAUCAUUAUCACCGCGGUGAUCGGUCUCAUCGAUUUCCGUGGGGCUGCGCGGCUGUGGAAGGUCGACAAGCUCGACUUCCUCGCCUGCGUGAGUGCAUUCUUUGGCGUUCUCUUCAUCUCGGUGCAGAUGGGCCUAGCAAUAGCAGUGGGUAUCUCCAUGUUGAAAAUUUUAAUACAUGUGACAAGGCCAAACACAGUGAUUAAGGGGAUAAUCCCAGGGACCCAAAACUAUAGAAACAUAGGGCAUUACAGAGAGGCCAUGAGGGUUCCUUCUGUCCUGAUUCUGGGCAUUGAGUCCCCCAUCUACUUUGCCAAUUCCAUGUAUCUUCAAGAGAGGAUAUUGAGAUGGGUGAGAGAGGAAGAAGAGUGGGCCCUGAAGAUGAACCAGAGCUCCAUCAAAUGUGUUGUUUUGGACAUGGGUGCCGUAACGUCGAUCGACACGAGCGGCAUGGACGCACUCACGGAGCUAAAGAAGGCCCUUGACAAAAGAUCUCUCGAGUUUGUGCUAGCAAAUCCUGUUGGAAACGUACUCGAAAAGCUCUCUCAAUCAGAGACGUUGGAGAAACUCGGAUCGGAUCGAAUAUACAUGACUGUGGGAGAAGCCGUUUCUGCAGUUUCCUCCACAUACAAAGUCCAGGUGUAGAAAACCAACUAGUGUUGCUCGUCUAACAAUAAAUUUUAACCAAAGCGGAAAAAGAGCUUCUGAGAGAAGCUAGAAGAGUAACAUAGAGGAUUUGUCGCUUAAUAUCUAUAGUCAAGUUACACAGAAAAUUUAUGCAGUUUCCUUUGUAGUUGAGCUCUUCUAAGAAGAGAUUUUUGAUAAAGGAGGAUUAUAGAUAAAAAGAUGCUUUGUAGCCCUUAAGGCAAUGUUAGUUGUUGCUACUUUUCUUAGCGAAGUGUACAAUAAAUUCUCCUUCAACACAUUGUUUUUAAUUUCUUGCUUCAUAGAGAUUUA